AAGCUACUUGUGUUCUGUAGCAUGCCUUUUUGGUCUUUUAAUGGCUGAAGACUUUUCAUUUUAUGUUGUGUUCCAGUGAAGAAGGUCUUACAGAUCUGAGGUAAUCCCAGUGAUCUGGCUUUGUCUGAGUGAUCUAACUAGAUCAUCCUCGUCGUCGUUUCUCUUUGGUUUGUGGUUGGAGUCAUUUAGGGUUUUAUCAAAGGCAGAGUUGCCGCUUCUUCACGUUAAGUGUUUUUUUCCGGUUAGUAAGAGUUUGGUGGACCCAGAAGCGUGUCGGUGAUAAGAAAGUAGAUUUGUUUUGGUUUGUUGUCGGAAUUUUAGAUGGCUACAUCGCCGGCACAACCUCCUGUUUCAAAUUCUCCACCGACUCCACCGGUGGCUUCACCUCCUUUGGGCAAUUCUCUUCCGAAUAACAAUGCAACUUCACUACCGCCGUCUCAGUCUCCUCCUCUGGCCACACCACCACCGGUGACUUCGCCGCCUUUGGGCAAUUCUCUUCCGAGUAACAAUGCAACUUCACCACCGCCGCCGUCUCUGUCUUCUCCUCCGGCUACACCACCACCCGUGACUUCGCUGCCUUUGGGCGAUUCUCUUCCUAGUAACAAUGCAACUUCGCCACCACCGGUGACACCGCCGCCCUCUCCAUCACCACCGCCACCAAACGGAGCUCCUCCUCCGGUUACAACCUCACCACCAAAUGGAUCACCUCCUCCUCCUCCUCUGCCAAAGCCACCUGAGACCUCUCCUCCCCCACCGCCACAGCCAGUGAUCUCUUCACCUCCUCCUGCAAUUCCACCGCCACCACCGUCUGUGCAGCCACCGCAAGCCUCUCCCCCACCACCUCCAUCAGCUCCACCAUUACCUUCUUCCCCUCCACCUCCUUCAUCUGUUCCUCCUUUGCCACCGACCUCACAACGCUCUCCUCCUCCGCCGCCUACAGAACGUCCCGUUCAGUCUCCACCUCCACCUUCACCGCCUUCAGAGCGUCCUAUUCAGUCUCCCCCUCCAUUUUCACCGCCUUCAAGGCGUCCCCCUUCAUCUCCUCCUUCUCAUUCGCCGCCUUCAGAUCGUCCCAUUCAGUCUCCUCCUUCACCACCAGAAAACACCAGUCCACCGCCUUCAGAUUCUUUGCCACCACCAACAUUCUCUUCUCCUCCUGUACCAGGUCCCAACAAUCCACCUCAAAACAACCCUACUCCUAGUUCUCCUGAUACUUCAAAUCCAACUCAUAGUACUAGUGGCAUCGGUGCUGGACCUAUCCUUGGCAUCACCGUCGCAGUGGCGCUUCUGUUGUUCAGUCUCAUUGGCCUCCUUGUCUGGUGCAUAAGAAGACGAGAAAAACGGCUUUCAGCUGUUAGUGGUGGCUACGUCACACCAUCACCAAGAUCAGACUCAGCUUUCUUUAGAACGCAGUCAUCUGCACCAGGGAGCCAUCAUCACACGUACUUCUCACAAUCAGAAUCAGGCGGCUUAGGCAACUCAAAGGCCUUGUUCUCUUACCAAGAACUUGUCAAGGCAACGAACGGGUUCUCGGAAGAGAAUCUAUUAGGAGAAGGUGGAUUUGGUUGUGUAUAUAAAGGGGUGUUACCAGAUGGGAGAGUUGUAGCUGUGAAACAACUUAAAGUAGGUGGAGGACAAGGUGACAGAGAGUUCAAAGCUGAAGUUGAGACGCUUAGCAGAAUACAUCACCGUCAUUUGGUUUCCAUCGUGGGACAUUGCAUCUCUGAUGACCGUAGAUUGCUUAUUUAUGAUUUUGUCUCUAACAACGACCUUUACUUCCACCUUCAUGUAUCCAAAGAGGUUCUGGACUGGGCAACACGUGUUAGAAUCGCUGCUGGUGCGGCUCGUGGACUAGCUUACCUCCAUGAAGAUUGUCACCCGCGGAUCAUCCACAGGGACAUUAAGUCUUCUAACAUUCUUUUAGAGGACAACUUUGAUUCUCGGGUUUCUGACUUUGGUCUUGCAAGAUUAGCUCUUGAUUGUAACACUCAUAUCACCACAAGGGUUAUGGGAACAUUUGGCUACUUGGCACCUGAAUAUGCAUCAAGUGGGAAGCUAACAGAGAAAUCAGAUGUAUACUCCUUUGGAGUUGUUCUUCUCGAGUUAAUCACUGGACGUAAACCUGUUGAUACAUCUCAACCACUUGGAGAGGAGAGCCUUGUUGAAUGGGCACGGCCACUGAUAAGUCAUGCCAUCGAAACCGAGGAGUUUGGUUCUUUAGCAGAUCCUAAGCUUGGAGGAAACUAUGUGGAUUCCGAAAUGUUUAGAAUGAUUGAAGCAGCAGGAGCCUGUGUGCGCCAUUCAGCUGCCAAGAGACCCCGGAUGGGACAAAUUGUGAGGGCUCUUGAGAGUUUAUCUGCGGAAGACCUCACAAACGGGAUGAGACUAGGUGAAAGUGAGGUCUUUGACUCAGCUCAACAGUCAGCAGAGAUCAGAUUGUUCAGAAGAAUGGCAUUUGGUAGCCAAAACUACAGUACAGAUUUUUUCACACAUACUAGUUACAACAGCAGAGACCAAAACGUGUAAAUAUCUAUGCACAAGAUUUUUUUUUUGAUCUCUCGGCGCUAAGAAGCAACAAAACUAUCAAGAACAUCCAAGUUUUGUCUGAAAAGCUCCCAAUCCCACUUUCUUGAGUGCUCAAAACAAAAUAGAGGAGCAUGUGGUAGAGGAAGAUGAGGAAUAAAGGUUUACUUAUGUUCUUGAACAGGAGAGGUUUUGUUUCUUACGUGAAAGCACUUUUUGUAUCUAUUUUUUUUUUAUGUAUCUAUUUUUUUUUAAAAAAUCUUUACCUUCAAGUUUUCUGAGAACAACAAGGAUCUUUCUGUGUCUCAUAUAAGAACGUGUUCAUCUGGCUCAAGCUAUA